AUGCCUGAAGCCAGCGUCAAAGCGCCCAAGAAGGGCUCCAAGAAAGCCGUCAAUAAGACCGUGACCAAGACCGGCAAGAAGAGGCGCAAGUCCAGAAAGGAGAGCUACGCCAUCUACGUGUACAAGGUGAUGAAGCAGGUCCACCCCGAUACCGGCAUCUCCUCCAAGGCCAUGGGCAUCAUGAACUGCUUCGUGAACGACAUCUUUGAGCGCAUCGCCGGUGAGGCCUCUCGUCUGGCUCACUACAACAAGCGCUCCACCAUCACUUCCAGGGAGAUCCAGACCGCUGUCCGCCUGCUGCUGCCCGGCGAGCUGGCGAAGCACGCGGUGUCUGAGGGAACCAAGGCCGUGACCAAGUACACCAGCUCCAAGUAAACCUGCUGGAGACCACCACCUCAACGGCUCUUUUAAGAGCCACCCACUUCUUCUAAAGGUCAAUUCCUUAUUGGCACAAAAUAUUUAUUUUUUCCCUAUGCAAGUUCAGGGAUGUAGUGCAAAUGUGUAUUUUGUGAUAAUGGGCUAUAUAAAAUUAACUGAAUUUAAUUAAAAUCCUAUGUGAAAACCUUUUGAUACACAAUGAAUUCGGUAAACAAUUUCCUGGGAGAGUUAGAUUUAACAAAUAUAAACAUUAAUGGUUGAGACUUCUUCCUAUCUGCUUAAGAUUCUAAAUGUGAACAAUGGAACACUAGCUAAACCACCUGUUUAGGGAAGGACAGUGAGUGGUGAUACAUGAUAUAUAUACUAUGUGAAAUAUACAUGUUUUGAUAUUAUGGCUAUCUUAAUCAGUCAACAGAAAAUUAAUUUUAACCACUUUAUAGUGACCAUUUAUCCUGAGUGUCCAUUUGUUAGUCACGUUUGUUGGCGGUGACUGGGGGUUCUUUGACGCUUGUGUUGAGAAAUAAAUGAAAUCCA